ACCUAAGAUACCAAAGACUCCACACUCUGAGAAAGGACGACAAGAACAGCAGAGAAGUGAAAUCAUCUCAAGGCCAUACAAAGUCCUCUGGGAGCUCCACAGGACCGAAACGAGAUCAACGGGGAGAAUUAGAAAGAGACCAAUAAGACCGAUCAAGCUCUGUUUAAUUGUGUGUAUUUGUGUCGCGUCGCUGGUAUGAGCAGGGUUUUGAUUCUGUCCGUGCUCCUGCUGUCCCUGAGCUGGUGCAGAUGUGCCGUCAUCACAGGGGCAUGUGACAGAGAUGUGCAGUGUGGUGUGGGGCUGUGCUGUGCUGUGAGUCUAUGGCUCAGAGGCCUGCGUAUGUGCACACCACAGGGACUGGAAGGAGACGAAUGUCACCCUUACAGCCACAAGGUUCCUUUCCCUGGCAAGAGACAACAUCACACUUGCCCUUGUCUGCCUCAUCUGGUGUGCACCAGGUACAGCGACAACAGAUAUCGCUGUACCAGCGACUUCAAAAACAUAGACUUUUAACACUGGAAAGAGCGGGAGAAAAAGAAGAGUGACAGCACAACUAGAUUAAUAACAAGUGCCACAGCACUUUUCUGGUCAUUUUCGUUUUCACUCUCAUGCACUUUGCACUACAAAAAUGCUGUUAUCCAGUUUCCCCAGAAAUGCCAACAUACAUUAUCCACCGUGGCACAAGGUCUACCUCAGAAUCACUGGUUUACCUUGGCAUCCUUGAUAGUAAAAACAAAAUAAAUUAAUCACUUUUCUGUAAGUAUACAUGCAACAGAUAUUUUGUAAAGAAUGUGC